AUGAGAGUACUCUUGGUAUUGGCACUGCUUUGUACAGCUGCUGAAUGCACUCAACUAUGCUACAGCUGCAAUGGUGUGCCAUCACAAUCGGACUGCGGUGAAACAACCAUAUGCGGUCCUAGAGAGAAAUGUUAUACGAAGCGAUACACUGGUCCUUCAGGGAACCUCAUGUUUGAAUCAGGCUGCAUGGAUCAAUCUGUUUGUAACAUAAUUGAUAUGAACUUCGGAGGUGGCCGAAAAAAGCGAGAUUUAGUAAAUUGUCUGAAAUGCUGUGACUCGGAAGCGACGGGAUGUACGGAGAAAAAUACGACAAAUUGUGGGUGUAACGCUUUUCUCUGUAAUUCAGAGAACGACAGAGGCUUGAAGUGCUUUCACUGUGAUGACGUCAUGCAUCCAAAUGAAUGCACGGAAUUAAAGGAGUGUUAUUCGGAUAAGAUUUGCUUUACCAGGAAAGUACAACUUGAUAGUAAUGGUGAGAUGCGAUUCAGUAUGGGAUGCGAGCAAAAACGGGUUUGUGAUGUUUUCGAGGAGAAUGCAUUAUCCACUGCUGCCGGAGCAUACUGCACUCGAUGCUGUAACGGCAGUUUCUGUAACAUGGCUCUCUGUGGAAUACCAACACUAGUGUUACCCUCAUUCACACGAAAACCAAACAACAGGAAAGUCUUGGACGGGGAUAUCGUCAUUCUGCAUUGUGAAGUGGAUCCCAAAUCAAACGCCACAAUAGCAUGGAGCUUUCAGUCGUCAACAACUGCGUCGAACGUAAUACCGAGAACAGCCCACAUCACACAUGGAGGUACCCGAAUACAAAUCCGUGUGACCCAUGACGUACUAGGAACCUGGACGUGCACUGCAACUAAUAAAGUAGGGUCGGCAGCCACUUCAUCAGUGAUUGAAUCAGUCUACAAGGAAGGCGUAGCUGAUGCAGCACUUUUGAAAUCUAAAAUAGACGUCAAACGAAUCAAGAGAUUCAACAGCUUUAAAACGUGA